AUGCUUCCCAAUUUUGUUUCACCUCCAGAUCAUCCACCGUAUCUGGGCAUGAGAUCCCGGCGUCGGCGCAAAACCUCGAAAGAAGAGCGGGUCUGUCCGGUCUGUGCUCUGGAUUUCAAGAAGGCGGAGCAUUUGGCCCGUCACUUGAGGUCACACACAAAGGAGAAGCCUUUCCACUGUUCCGUCUGUCAUAAGGCUUUUGCUCGGCAGGACACUCUUUUACGACAUUCACGAUCUCAUCCUACGGGUGGCAUAUGUGGAGGUCCCCAGGUGCAAAUUGAUCCAUCAAGUGAUGGCAGUCAUGCAGAAAGUCUGCACACUGGGUUGAUUCCGCAUGAGGCGAUGUCUUCUAGGAUUCCACCCAUCCCGCUUGGGUUGAACACUGGUCCUAUUGCGGUCAAUAUGAUGGUUCCCUUGUCACCACCAAAGUCCAUUGACAAGUGUACACCUAGCCUAUCAUUUGGAGAUAGUAGCACAUUUUCCACACAUGUGACUCCUUUACCUUCACUAUUUUCUCUGGAGACUAGCGAUACUUGGAGGAAUCAGCCAAGUCCACCACCUGCCCCGUGGGAUUAUCGACCUGACAGAGACUGGGAAUCCUUGCUUACUGGAGACGACUUUGAUCUCGAGGCUGUGAAUGAGUCUCUCCUUUGCGCUACAGCCGAUUACGUGCCCACGUUAGAUACUAUACCUUGCUUGGAGGCUGUUCGGCCUCCAAGCCAGCCCGUCUCCUGUAUUGAACAUGAGCGUGCAAAGGGACGAGCCCUGAUCGUUCAAAAGAGAUGGCAUAUAUUUUCUGAUGCGGCUCCAGCUGAAGAUAUGACUCCUGAAUACCCCUCUGAAGGUAUUAUUGACGAGUCAUAUCGCAAAAGUCUGGCAGAGCGAUUACAGCAACGGGUACAACAUGGGAUCCUCCCAUCUACACCUUUCCUGGACCUCUGUAUCCAAGCCUACUUCUCCAAGUUUCACCAUUUAUUUCCCGUGGUACAUAUGCCUACCUUUCGACCUAGCACUAAAAACUCUGUCCUUUUACUUUCCAUUUGCUCAAUAGGGAGUUUAUUAGUCGGCUCUCCCCGUGCUAUCAAUCAUGGUAUCAGCAUGUUUGAGCGAUUGAACAAAGCAAUACUUGCCUCGUGGGCGCGCAAUGCCAAGCUCUUUCAUAUACAGCAUCCAAGAAUUGACCUCGUCGACAUGAAUGGCGACGCCCUCAAAGAGGCCUGGUUGUCAUGGAUCCAAAUAGAGGUCAAGAAAAGGCAUGUCCCGCUCGGAACGGUACACAAACGGGCGACUAACCUCAAGAUCAACAGACUUGUCCUCGGAAUUUACAUCCACGACGCUGUCCUCGCCCGAAUACACCACCAUGAACCCAUCCUUCGCCAUUCCGUCGAACGGCUCCCUCAAAUCUCUACCAGCGAACUCUUCACGGCUUCAAGUGCGGGACACUGGAAGACACUCAUGAUUGAACACCAAAUGCGAACCCACUCCCUACCGUCUCCCAUCAGCAACAUUCAUCAAAAUCAACCAACAGUCAUCGGCGACUUUGCACUGUGCACAAUGCUCGAAUCCAUCAGCACUCUAGCCUGCGAAGACCGCGGCCUCAACUCCUCUUGGCUCGCAACUGUCACAAAAUGCCAAGACCUCCUGAUUCAAUGGUACCAUCGACACCACCCAAGCAUGCAAGGCAAAUCCAGCUGGUUCUGCCUAAUGAUGCUCUGGCACUCCAUUUUCAUAAUGCUUCAUGCAGACCUCAAUGCUAUCGAAUGCGCCUGCGGUCGGGAAGGCUACGACUCUGCUCAAGAACAUCUCCCAUACGUCCAGAACUGGCUUCGCUCCAUGGACGCAAAGCGAUGUCUGCUUCACGCUAUGCUCAUUCAGAAGAAUUUCGAGUCUCUUCCCACUGGUGCGGAACCGGCUCUUCAUGUCCCCAUGUGUCUAUAUUACUGUGGACUUGUCUGGUCUUGCUUUAUGAGCUUUAGCGAGGAUGCUGAGCCCAUUACUCUAGCCGCGACUGAUACUUUGCAGUUCGCUGAGCUGCGUUUACCUGGAGUGGAUGGUGUUGGAAUAUUCUUAGAACAAGUGGGCGGAUUGCAGCCGCGGAGACUGGCGAUGGGCUCACUGUUCCGCGUGAUCGAUCUCCUGCAGCGUAUCAGUCACUGGAAGAUCUCACAGAGUCUGGCUUCCACGCUGUUAGCCUUGGUGGAGGAAACGCAAGAUUUGUUUUAG